AUGUCAAGCACAAGAAAAAAAGUAAUUACAGCCGCACUGCCCUACGUGAACAAUUCACCGCAUCUGGGCAACAUAAUAGGAUGCGUGCUCUCAGCAGAUGUUUACGCACGGUUUUGCAGAAAAAGCGGCGAGAAGGUGGUGUUCGUGAGCGGAACUGAUGAUUAUGGCACCGCCACCGAGAUACGUGCACGAAAGGACAACACGACCUGUGAGGAGGUGGUUAAGUGCAACAGGCAGAUAAUGACCGAUGUGUUCGACUGGUUCUGCAUUGAGUUCGAUUAUUUUGGACAGACGAGCAAUGCCGUGCACUCGAAAGUGGUGCAGGACGUUUUUCAUAAGAUUGGCGAUAGAAUUGAGGAGGACGUAAUGCAGCAGUACUACUGCAGCAGAUGUGAGAUGUUUCUGGCCGAUCGAUACUUGACGGGUACGUGCAGCAAGUGCAAGUGUUACGGUGUGCAAGGCGACCAGUGCGAUGCGUGUGGUAUUUUGCUCAAAACAGAGGAUAUUAUCGAUCCAGAGUGUGCUAUUUGUGGGGAAAGACCGCAGCUCAGAGAUACAAGGCAUUUGUUCAUAAAAUUGAAUGAGUUAGCGGGUGAUCUCAGGCUGAAGUACGAGAAAAACUCGCCUGGAUGGUCAAAGAAUGCACGUGAAAUUGCAUUGCAGUGGCUCGAGAAAGACUUGCACAAGCGGUGCAUCACUCGGGACCUCAAAUGGGGUGUUCCUGUACCAGGAAUGAACAAGGUGUUCUACGUGUGGUUUGAUGCCGUGAUAGGGUACCUCUCGUUCUUUAAGAUACACGUUGAAAGAUCUGAAAACAAAGAGUUUGAGAGCCUGAAAGAGCUGGAAGACGAGUUUCGAUCGUAUGAGCUGGUGCAGUUCAUGGGAAAGGACAAUGCACCGUUCCACACGAUUAUACUGCCGGCCAUUCUUGAUUUGGUGGCCAACAAGAUGAGUGUCACCGAGUAUCUCAUGUUUGAGAACAAGAAGUUCAGUAAGAGCAAACAGAUCGGUAUUUUUGGGUCAGAUUUGUUGCACAAUGAGUACGGCGUGUGCGAUCUGUGGCGAUACUAUCUCGUGAAGAUCAGGCCUGAAAGCAAGGAUUCAAACUUUUCGCUCACAGAUUUUUUGAACAGCAUUGCUGACCUGCAAAACAAUUUUGGAAAUUUGUGUAACCGCGUUUUGAAGUUUAUAAAGAACGGGAUGGACGGAAGGGUGCACUUCAAGGGCGUGCUGAACAGCAGUACAAGACAAGAGUUUGUGAAGAAAAUUAACGAUUUGUUGUCGGAGUACAAGGAUGUGAUGUGCCAUAUUAAAAUGAAGAAGGGACUGACCGUGCUCUCGGAGAUGUGCAUGGUGUGCAAUAAUUUUCUGCAGAAGGCCUUUGAUCACAAAGUUGAGAAAGAAGCGAAGAACGACUCGUUUGCGCUUGUGUUUUCUGUGAUUGCGCUGCUUGCCGACCUGUUUGAGCCGUUUAUACCGAAUAUAUGUGCAGAUUUGCACCAAAUGUGCGCAAUUGAGCCGAGAACGAUUGGUGAUGAGCUGCAGAUACUUGACGAGCACAGCAUCGGUGAGAAUGUGCGGCCACUCUUUGUGCCCCUGAGUGAAGAGAUCCUUGAAAAUCUCAAAAACAAAAUUAAGUGAAUGGCAAGGAGACGUUCUAUGGAUGGAAUUAAACGGUUUAGUUAUUUUUGUCUGUAGGAUUGUACCUGAUUCGCAGGUAUUUACCGUGUGGCAGGUCAAAGACGCAAAAAUCAUUGCAGUGCGUGUACUCACUCACUUUUCGUUUAUCCUCGCAACACGGUCAACUUUGAAAAAUUCAUAGCCAAAAUUUAAUUAUCGCGUUCUGCACUCAUCCCAGCCAUUUUUUUCACAGAAUUAAGCUCCUCCUCGCUGACCCGCUCGUUGAUGCCCAUCUGCACAUAUUUCAGAAACCUCAUUAAGUGCACAUCCUCAACAUAAGCGCUGGUCAAAACAUUUCUAUCGCUGCAUAGCAGCAAUUUCCUGAAAAUUUCC